UUGAUCUGAUUAAAGAUGAGAAUGGAAAGAAGAAGUGGACAUAGUCCUCUCUUCAUGUGGGCAGCUACAACAAUGGCUGCUUUGCUCUCUCAGAAUCUGGUCAUUCCUGUCGUCGUUGCCAUGGCGUCUUCUACUCUCAAUGACCAAAAGCACUAUUAUUCUCCCACUCCACCCAAAGAUGCAGGUAAAAACAACCCCAGCCCACCAUCGUAUGGUUCAGGAGGUCACCAAGGAGGAGGAACACCAUCUCAAGGAACACCUUCACACGGUGGAGGAGCACCCUCUCAUGGAACACCUUCACAUGGUGGAGGAGCACCAUCUCAUGGAACACCUUCACAUGGUGGAGGUGGUAGCCAAGGGGGUAAAAACACACCAUCAAAGUGUCGUAACACACCUAGUGGAGGUCAUCACCAUAAUCAUCACCAUAAUCCAUCAACCCCCAAAUCUCCUCCUUCCCGUGGGAGUGGAGAGUCAAUCCCAAAAUCUCCUCCUUCCGGUGGGAGUGGCAGUGAUGGUUACCACAAUAGCCCUCCAACUUCACCAUCCAUUGAUCCAACUCCAACCACACCUUCCCCUCCUACCUAUACUCCAACCCCAGACACGCCCUCCACUCCUAGCUAUACUCCAACACCAGACACGCCCUCCACUCCUAGCUAUACUCCAACCCCAGACCCACCCUCCAGUACUCCUAGCUAUACUCCGACCCCAGAUUCUCCUCCUAGUGGCAGUGGCAGCAGUGGUCAAAGUGGUGGUUACUAUAAUAGCCCUCCAACUUCACCAUCCAUUGACCCAACCCCAACCACACCCUCCACACCAAGCUACACUCCAACCCCAGACUCACCCUCCACUCCAAGCUACACCCCAACCCCAGAUACACCCACAAUAGAUACCCCACCAACUCCAAUUGUGUCAUCUCCACCGUUUGGUUUGCAGCCAAGCACACCGCCCUUUGCAUUUGACCCAAAUUCACCACCUUUUACCUGCGAUUACUGGAGGAAUCAUCCCGGGUUGAUAUGGGGACUAGUUGGGUUCUGGGGAACUGUGGGCGGCGUGUUUGGUGUGGCGGGAGUUCCGGGCGGAGUGGCAUCAAACAUGAACUUGAUGCAAGCACUUUCCAACACCCGGAACGACGGGCUUGGGGAACUCUAUAGGGAAGGCACUGCUGCUUUGCUCAACUCCAUGGUUACCAAGAGGUUUCCUUACACAACCAAGCAGGUGAAGGACAGUUUUGGCGCUGCUCUCAGUUCUGACAAGGCCGCCGCAGCUCAGGCCAAGCUGUUCAAGUUGGCCAAUGAGGGCCGCCGUAUCUGAGUAGUCUUGUAGGUGAUUGUAGGUCCCUGUGCUACUGUCAGUUUCUUCAUUUUGUUUCUGCUUUCAUCGAGAACUUCCUUUGUUAUAUAUUUUGAUUAUGGAAUGCACUUGUGUGAGAUGAUUGCGAGUCAAUGUAUGUUAGUUCCCAUUCAAUGCUAGCUUGUUAUAUAUUUCUGGUAAAUUU